ACUUGUUUUAUCAGUUAGACACUAAUAUGGAAAAUCAAGAAACUGCCACUUACAACCCUAACAACGAUCAGUUCUACAAGCAAGAAGUCCGGUUAGAAGAAGGGAUAGACGUUGAUAACCUCUUCUCUGGAAAAGGAACCACGUUUACAGUAAAGCAAGAAACCCCAUUAAAUGAUUUUAAUGACUUCAAGAAACCGGAACUGUGGGACACAAAUGAAAUCUCCCCUAUCGGGAUUGAUCCAAACGCUCAUAAGGACGGAGCGUUCAAGGGAAUAGAGCAUCUCUUCACUGAAAAGUUAACAGAUGACGGGUUUAUUAUCAAACAAAUGAUAAAGCCUGGCUCCGGAGCUAUCAUACCAUCCCGAGCAUGGGUUCGAAUUCACUACUCGAUAUACGCUGAAGGACACGACGAGCCCAUCGACUCCACCAGACUGCGUUCCAGAACUCACGAUUUUAUCGUGGGGGACGGAGUCAACAUUCCUGCUGUCGACAUCUCCGUUAACAGUAUGAAGAAGGGGGAGAAGGCUCGUUUUCUGGCGGAGUGCCUUUAUUGCUAUGGAGAUAUGGGUGUCCCACCUAGGAUCCCCAAGAAAGCUAGAUUACUGCUGGAUAUAGAAGUGGUUACUUACUACGACGAUAACAAGCUCAAUGAGUACGAUGCCAUGCCCAUGGAUGAUAGACGAGACAUUCCACUAGAUGGAGUGCUGAAACUAGCUGCUAUCUGCAGACAGAAAGGGAACGAAACGUUCAAGAAGAACUCUCGGCAGGCUUACAACAGCUAUCUGAAGGGUUACAGGAUCCUAGACUCUCACUCUCCUUCUGACGAGGAUGAGGAGUGGAAACUGCAGGAAGAGAAGAUACGGAUCUCGCUGAACUUAGCUCAGGCGUGUUUGGAGCAAGGGAAAACGUUUGACUGUAGAAGAUACGCUGGCGAGGCAGCUAAGUACUUACUGAAUGAGAACUUAAAGAACCCAACAAAGCUAGCAAAGGCGCACUACACCAUAUAUAAAAGCUACAUGAAGGAACAGAAACUGGGCGAUGCUAAGAGGGAACUAGAGAUAGCAGUAAAACACGCUCCCCACGAUAAAACUAUCAGAGAAGCCUUCGUUAAGUUAGAGAAGGCUCAGGCCAGAGAAAAUGAACUUGAAAAAGGUGCCAUGUCUCAUAUGGGUGAGCUAAUGGGUUGGAGGGGUUGACAUCUUGUUUCUGUGUUUUAUGCUUAGUUUAAUUUGUUAAUUUGUUUUUUAAAGAGCAUUAAAAGUGAAAAGGAUUACGUCAAGUCAGCUGAUGUGAUUUUUACGGUUUUAGAAACAUUAUGAUUAGGCGAGAGAAUGACCAAUCAAUGGUUUAUUGUAACAGACCUAUCGAAGACAAACAUGCGCUUUCACCACAAAGAUCAUUUAAGCGUUGCGCAAUUUAUAUAUUAAAUUCGAGCACAGGGCCGUUGAUUUGAGUUUUUAUCAUGACUAUUUAUCAAUUCUCAGAUUAUUCAGGGUAAUUUUGAUUUUUGCGUGAUCGUGCUCGCCAUCAGCCAUAUUAAUACUAAUAGUAAUACCUCUUUUAUCGUAUCUUGUCUAUUUUAAUCUCACUUUGUUUUAAAUAGUUGAAAUGUGAUAAUUUUCCCAAUUUCAUAUCAAUUUUUUUUUGUU